AUGUCGCACUCUCCUCCUCUGGCAUCUUUCAGGCACUAUGAUCCAGGAAUUAUUCAAUUUGGCCAAGUGCCUCCAUCUCAGACUCAAUUGCAGGCUGUGUGGGACACUCAUUCAUCUUCUGGUUUUAUCGGAGGUUUGGGACAGCUUGCAUCUCAGAUGUCCAGGCCUCAUAAAAGUGCAAAGGUCCAUGAGGGUAUCCUGACACCUUCAGAGGAUGAAGAAGAAGAGGAGGAAAUUGCUGAUAGUGGUCAAGAAUACAUGUCGAGGGAAGAAUACUAUGCUCAGGCUGAGCAAGAGGAGGAAGACGACGAUCCCAAGGCAAGCAGCAACCUGGAGAAUGACCAUCCACCUACCCUCUUGCACCCACCCAUUGCGAUACAGCACUUUGCUGAAGAGGAGGAUGAACUCUUCUCUUCACCCGUAGCAUCAAGACCACUUGAAAAUCUGAAUGAGGGACAGAAUCUGAAUGGAAACCAUGGAGCGAUUUUUUGCUCUUCCCUGGCCAGUUCUGCACAAAACCCUCCCAACAUGCAAGGUGCCAGUGCUCUCCAAUGCUGCUCAGAUCAGCAGGAUGAGUCAAUCUUCAAUGAAGCAAUGGCUUCGCCACAUCCCAUCAGGUUUCUGCAGCUGAGUGACAGUACACUGUUGGUAUUGCAGAUGGAUGCAUGCAGAGACCCUGAUUCUCCAUCUCCACUCCCCCGACAACCACUACAAGGAUAUAAAAUCCUUCCAAUCGAUUUCUCUGGAAGAAAAAGAGUUGAACAUUCACAGUCGGUGUUUGAACAGACUAGUAGGCAGGGUCUUCCAUUACCAUCCACUCGACCUUUGUCUGCAGGUCCACCAGUUCAACAACUGCCAUCUGUGAGGCCGACGAAGUUGGGAUAUCUAUGGUCCAAGUCACCCUACUACCAUGCUCACUCCUGUCCAUCUUCAGCUGCCUCCAUCAGUCAUUCUACUACUCACAGAACCUCCCAGGAACAUCUGCAAACAGAAAGGCCUACAGAUUUGGGCUCUACUGCAACAUUUGCGACAUCCUACCCAAGUCUUGCUGGUCAACCUAUAGCUGGUGGAAACGUCGAACCAUUGUUGAAGGGCAUAGCUGGGCAUUCUAAAAGUCCAAGUCAGCCUGCUGUGCCUAUGCUUCAGGUGAUGGCCCCUUCACCUAUAACUCCAGUAGCUACUAGGAACCUUGAUCAGUUCUCAUUCAACACCGGCAUCCCAAGUACACCAGCUAAUACCUAUCUUCAUCCUUCCACUGCUCAUGAUGAGGCAUCCUUCAUAGAGACCGGUGAUGGGUUUGAAGCACUGAACAAUGUUCCAAUGGAUGUUCUGACACAGUCAGGCAUACCUGACAAUGCAUCUGAGGUGGAAGACAAGCCUUCACCAUGUUCAGAGGUUGAAGCUGAGUUGUCUGAACCCUGUCGCACUGGUCAUUUGCAGGCAGAGACUGUCUCUCGCAUUGAGGAAGCUGCGAAUCAGAUCUGGCAAGUUAUCAAGGAGACAACAAAGAUCAAUGCUGCCAUUCAACUAUCACACAUUAUCAACUGCGCAUUCCUGACUGUUGUCGCCCACAAAAUGUCGUACUGGAAUGUCUUCCUUGUGAAGUACAAAGCGGAACAUCCCAACGAGUCUUGGGAUCAAGACCAAGCAUCUCUGGCUUAUAGCAAUUUCAAGGAGUCUUUCCCAAAUGACAAGUGGAAGGGUAUUCUUGUAGAAUAUGCCAAAGUUAUGGACCUCGAUGCAGGGCAGAGAACAUGUGAAAAGCAUCAGUCAGUCUUCAAGAAUACAUUUCAAGAGCUUGCAAAGCAGCUGGAAUAUCAUGCCCAAUGGGAUGGGUUCGAGGCCAUCAUGGCUAUUGUUGGCACUAAUCCAAAGGACGACAGACCUUCCAUGAGACCGGCCUUGCAAAAGGGGUAUUUUGCAGAUCAGAAACUAUGUCUGAAAAAUGAUUGGGCCGCUACACACCUUCGGGCAUAUGUUCAAAACUGAAAAUCAGACAGCAUAGUCAGUUUGCACCGACAGAGAGAGCUGCAGCAUGAGCAGAAGAUCACGAGUCCUAGUGGUUCUGACAUUCCCGCUUCUGUCAAUGGUGAAGUUCUCCUACCAUAUGAAGAAUCUCCCACUGCUACAACCACCGUCAUGAAGGAUGCAGGCAAAGCAAGAGAGGCAUUCUCAACCUACAAGCUAUACAGGCCAGAUAAUGCAAAAUCGGCACAUCUUUCCUACACCGUCAACUUUAGUGCAUUACUGGUGUACCAUGAUGUCCCAAUUCAUGAUACACUUGCUCUGCCUAUAACGCGGGAUGGCUAUCCUGAUUACAGAUCAUGCCCCUGGAGGCGUUUGGGUAAAUCGCUGCAGGAACGCAACAUGAUUCUCACUGGCUGGCCGCCAAU